GAAUGUGCUUGCGUUGCGCAGGAAACCGCUAGUUUCUCAAGACUUACAAAUGCGGUGGCUGCACCAGUAACCAUAUACAAGUCAUUUUGUAGUAGAAAGCCACCUUAAAAACAGUUAAUAACAAAGUUUUAAAAAACCUUUCCCAACCGCCUCCUGGAAUAUUUUUGUACAGUUGGUGUCGUUUAUCUGAGGACUUGAGGUUUAUAUUUCACUCAGCGACCGUUGACUUUUGCCACACUGUUGUGUCAGUAACAAACCUACUUUACAAGUCUUUUUUUCGUCAACGAGAGAGGAUUACGCUUUGAAGAUGUCCGUGGCGGGCUUAAAGAAGCAGUUUUACAAAGCCAGUCAGAUGGUGAGUGAAAAGGUUGGUGGCGCUGAGGGAACUAAACUGGACGAGGAGUUCAAGGACCUGGAGAGAAAAGUAGAUGUGACAAAUAAAGCAGUGGUAGACGUGAUCUCUAAAACGUCAGAGUACCUGCAGCCCAAUCCAGCAUCUCGUGCAAAGCUUUCUAUGUUAAACACUAUGUCUAAGAUCAGAGGGCAGGUGAAGAGUCCAGGUUAUCCACAGGCUGAGGGGCUGCUGGGAGAAUGUAUGGGAAAAUAUGGCAGAGAACUCGGAGAGGAAACAAACUUUGGUGGUGCUCUAAUGGAUGUUGGGGAAAGUAUGAAGAGGCUAGCAGAGGUGAAGGAUUCUUUGGACAUUGAUGUCAAACAGAACUUCAUCGACCCUUUACAAGGCCUGUGUGACAAGGACUUGAGAGAGAUACAGCACCAUUUAAAAAAGCUGGAAGGACGCAGGCUGGAUUAUGACUAUAAGAAGAAACGUCAGGGGAAAAUUCCAGAUGAAGAGCUCAGGCAGGCGCUGGAGAAGUUUCAUGAAUCUAAGGAGGUGGCUGAGAUCAGCAUGUACAACCUUCUGGAAACCGAUAUUGAGCAGGUGAGCCAGCUGUCUUCACUGGUUGAGUCUCAGCUGCAGUACCACAGACAGGCUGUUCAGAUUCUCGAUGAACUCUCUGACAAACUCAGAGACAGGAUGAAAGAUGCACAGACACGUCCUCGUAAAGAGUACAUUCCCAAACCAAAGCCUGUAAUCGACUUUGGAGAAACCAACGAACAGUCAAACGGUGGCUUCACCCCAUCAUCUGCUCCACCGAUGCGCAAUGCAGAGUCAUACCACCACUUUGGCAGAAUAACCACAAGGAAACCCAGAUUGCCAGAGCAGGCAUGCUGUAAAGCUCUCUAUGACUUCGAGCCGGAGAACGAAGGCGAGCUGGGCUUCCACGAGGGUGACAUCAUCACUCUGACCAAUCAGAUCGAUGAAAACUGGUAUGAAGGCAUGCUGCGUGGCCAAUCAGGAUUCUUCCCUCUCAACUACGUGGAGGUGAUCGUUCCUCUGCCACAUUAAGAGGGCUCCAAUGAAGAACAGAGGGAGAGAGAGAGAGAAAGAGCAAUAAAAAGUGAAAGGGAGAAAGCUGGAGGGAAGUGAGGUAGGGAGAAAGGAGCCAGUUGAAGUCAUCUUGGGCUUCAUCCUCACCACAUUGUUGCCGUUGAUCCAAAUGUACCUGUACUCUGGCACUUUUUACACAUUGAUUUAUUUUUUAGGAGGGAACUUUGGGAAAUGACGACCUUUCACAUUCCAGGACUGACUGACUGACCAGUUGACUGAUGUACGGACGGUACAACUUGGUCCUUAAGCUACAUUUUUAGACACACUAACUCGCUUCAUCGUCUUUUAAUAAUGCCUUGUACUGUUUGUGCUGCUGAAAAAAAGUUAAAUGUAGAUCAUGAUCAAAUUCUUCCAUUUUUAAAGAGUAGACAGGCUAGUCUUAAUCAACAUAGUAUAAAUUCUCGAUCAUUCAAUUGUAAAAAGUUGCGUUUUGACUCGACUGCUCCUUGUACCGCCCCCUGCUGGUCAGGAUGCGACAUUGACCUGCCUCAGAUUAAGGAGAAACUGCCUUGUAUCUGUGUUAGCACUGCAUGGAUGUGUGUGCAAAGCGUCCCAAUGUGCAGCAAUCCUGAGCCACGGGAUUUAGUCCCUUUGUACGCUCUAUCAUUUUAACAUUUUUCUACAGUUUCUUCGUCAUCUAAUAUUUUUCAUGUAUAUUUUUUUACAAGAAAAAGAAAUUAGAUUUUCAGCUGCACCUUGAAUCUGGUUGUAAAGCUGAGCUAAAACACUAAAGGGAUGUGUUUAGUCGGGUAGAUAGGUUUUACUGCACUACAGCUGUACUUUUUGUCCCCCUUACAACUUUUGACCCACUAAGAUCAGCAGAUCAACAACUUACACACUGUUUUCUGAAGGAAACACAGCCAAAUAGCUUGUUCAUCUUCUCACGGCAGCCUGAAUUAUAGAGUCUUCCUCUCUCUUUCUCCUCUUGAUGUCAGUUUACGGUAGUCUAUUCAUCUGAUGCUGCUGGCAGUGUCCCAUUAUUUCAGGUGUGUACAUCUAGGUUUUCAUGAAGCCUGAUUUACACAAAGUGUUUGAUAUUGAAGAGGAAUUCUUCCAGAAAUGUAGGGAUGGUGCUACAUCUCUUACUCUCUCCCUUGUAAUGUAUUUUUAGAGCUUUAAAGUGGUUGAAGAUGUAGUUUCUUCAUAACUCAGUGUUCCAUAGAUCAGUUUGUUUCAAUUACUGUACCAUCGCACUACAUAAAUUCAUGGACCUACACACUAUCAAUGGCGGUUCUGAACACCCACACAUCUGUCCCUCCACCCUGACCCCAAAUCCUGUCUGCACACAGUGCACCACUGUGUCUUUUCCUCUCCCAGACUGUUGUAGAUGUGCUGAUGCAGACAGGCCGUGGUCACUGUUUCAAUGUGAAAAAGAGACUUUUAGUGCCUUUUCGAUGGCAAGAAUGGAUCUAGAACACCAAACGAAAUAUUAAUUAUGAUUUCUGUGCUAAUAUGUAGUUUUUUUUUUUCUCCUUCAUUUACAAAGGGCUUGUUGGUUUCAGCAUUUGGCAUGAGCUGCGACCAGAUGUACAAGCAUGUGUACAAAUGUGCCUUUGCAACACUACAAGUUUAAGAAAACAACAAAUGGGUUAUUUCUGUCUAAUCGAAUGAGGGCACCGGCAUGGUUUUAUGAAAUUAAAUCAUUCUGGUUGUGCUCUUUUUAGUAUUAUGUUCUUUUUUAUAUGCAUACAAAAGCAUUCAACCUUUUUUAUUAAUGAUUUGUGCAUGUUAGCUUAAUAGCAGGCUGAUGUUUGUUGUAGUUUUAAAGUCUCCUCCUGUAUGUCUCGGAUUUAACUGCAUUAUAUUGUUAUUCUUAAAUAUCCCAAACCCUAAAUAUUUGUAUCUUAUUGUCCACUCAUCUUUAAGUAAAUAAAUUCAAAGAAAGAA